GAGUUGGCGAAGGUUCACGAAUUGGGUUGGGGCUCGAUUGUUUGUUCCCAUCACGAGGCUCACGAAUCCCUAUUAUUCUUAUCGAAACUAGAAGGUUUCCCCAUCUAUAUCCAAAAAAACCCAAUCACGACAGCAUCUAAAUUGGACUUUCCCUUCUACUGCGGGCACUCGUCUGUAUUUACCGCUUCGCCGCUUGGGCUUCAAAGAUCAUGAACUGGGUGGGUUUAGAACGAUCAAUUGUACGUAAUCUGAGGUGGGUUUGAUCAGAUGUUUCCUGUAAUGGGAGAAUUUCGUGUGGGGAAUUAAUGUCGGUGAUCUGAUCUUACGUUUCCAGGUGAUUUGGUUUGUGGAUUCUGUAUGUGAAAUUGUUGGAAGUUUGACGUUUGGAUUUUCAGAAGCUUAAGUGUCAACGGCUGAGUUUGAGCAUUUGUCUUCAGAAUUAGGGUUUUGGGUUUUGAACUGAGGCGGUGGUUAAGUACAAGGGUUUCAUGACAAUUUGGCGGGCAACUUCAUGGAUGCGUAGAUAGGUUGUUGGUUUUCAAGUUUUUGUUUGAAAGUGGGUAAAAUCGGAGAUGGCUAUGGUAAGCAAAACGAGGAAUAUGCUUGAAGGACUGGUGAGAGAAGGGUCAUUCAAAUGGUUGAUUAAGAACCGAACUGAGUUUGAUGAAGAGUUUGAGGAGAUGAAACACUCCCCAUCGGGUGGAAGAAAUUGGAUACCAGAACUCUCCCCGGUGGCAAAUCUAGUAGUUCGUAGAUGUUCAAAAAUCCUGGGAAUUUCAACUAAUGAACUCCGAGAAAACUUCGACUUGGAGGCCUCUGAUUCUCUAAAGCAUCCAUCACAGUAUGCAAGAAACAUGUUGGAAUACUGUUCUUUUAGGGCUCUGGCUCUGUCUACACAAGUGGUAGGUUACCUGGAAGACAGGAGUUUCCGGCGCUUAACAUUUGAUAUGAUGCUUGCUUGGGAGUUUCCAGCUGCUUCUAGCCAACCAUUUGUCAAUAUGGGUGACGAUGUGACUGUCGGGAUGGAGGCCUUUGCUCGAAUUGCUCCAGCUGUUCCUGUCAUUGCCAAUGUAAUUAUAAGUGAUAAUCUCUUUGAGGUGCUUACAGCAUCAAGUGGUGGCCGACUUCAAUUUUCUGCCUAUGAUAAGUACCUCAGCGGAUUAGAAAGGGCUAUAAGAAAAUUGAGGACCCAAUCAGAGUCAUCUCUCCUUUCCAAACUGCGUUUGGAACAAGGAGAAAAGAUCUUGGAAGUUGAUGGAACAGUGACCACCCAGCCGGUUCUUCAACAUGUUGGAAUUUCCACAUGGCCUGGUCGAUUGAUUCUUACAGAUUAUGCACUCUACUUUGAAGCUCUUCGGGUGGUGUCAUUUGAUAAACCAAAAAGAUAUGACUUGUCUGAAGAUCUAAAACAGGUGGUAAAACCCGAAUUGACAGGACCGUGGGGAACUAGACUAUUUGACAAGGCAGUCUUUUACAAAUCAGUUUCCCUAUCAGAACCAGUUGUGAUGGAAUUUCCUGAGCUUAAAGGGCAUACUCGUCGUGAUUACUGGCUAGCUAUUAUCCGAGAAAUUCUGUAUGUUCAUAGAUUUAUACACAAAUACAGGAUUACAGGAGUUGAACGUGAUGAGGCAAUUCUAAAGGCUACGCUUGGAAUUGUGCGAGUACAGGCCCUUAAAGAAAUAAGCUCUGCAAGCUCUCCUUGCUAUGAGUCUCUUCUUAUGUUCAAUCUCUGUGAUCAACUUCCAGGUGGGGACCUUAUACUAGAAGCACUUGCAAACAUGUCAUCCUCCAGGGAAUUAGACCGGACUAACCAUUCCAAAACUGGAAGCAGAAUGUACUCAAUGUCAACUCUGGCCAUGGCUUCUAGCUUAGGAUUUGUGUUUGGUACAAGUUCUAAUGAUAAUGAGGCUGGACUUUGCGUGGGUGAGGUCACUGUGGGAGACAUGACUCCACUGGAAAGAGCACUUAAGGAAUCUAGAAGCAACUAUAAAAAAGUGGUGGUUGCACAAGCAACAGUUGAUGGGGUUAAAGUAGAUGGUAUUGACACUAAUGUAGCAGUGAUGCAGGAGUUACUAUUUCCUGUUAGAGCAGUUGGGAAAUGGCUUCUUUCUUUGGCAUAUUGGGAAGAUUCUCUGAAAUCUUCAGUUUUUUGUUUGUUUUUCUCUUACAUCAUUUUCAGGGGAUGGUUGGGUUAUGCUGCUGCAUUGCUGCUCGUCUUCAUGGCUAUUUUUAUGGUACUUAGCCGACUUUGCAGCCAAGGAAGUGUUUAUGAGCUAAAGGUCAUAGCACCUCCUGCCAUGAACGCAAUGGAACAGCUUCUGGCUGUUCAGAAUGCAAUAUCUCAAGCUGAAGAGCUGAUCCAGGAUGGAAACAUUGUUCUUCUGAAGCUCCGUGCCCUACUGUUAUCCAUUUUCCCUCAGGCUAGUGAGAGACUCGUGGUUGCUUUUGUUUGCAUGGCCUUGAUUCUGGCUUUCCUACCAAGUAAAUACGUAAUCCUACUCGUCUUCUUGGAGACGUUUACCAUGUACUCGCCUUUGAGGAAAGCAAGUACAGAGCGGUGGACCAGGAGGAUGAGAGAAUGGUGGUUUAGUAUACCAGCUGCCCCUGUUGUCAUCGAACGAGCAAGAGAUGACAAAAAGAGGAGGUGAUCAUGUACAUACAUAUCAAUGUUUAUCGUAUAGAGUUCCUUCUUGUAAAGCAAUAUUUCUGAUUACCAGUCACCCAUAUCCAAAUAGUAAAAAGCAGAAGAGAAUCAUCCCAAGAAGUCUCUAAUUAUGCAUGCAUGCAUGCUUGCUUGGUUGGAAUGUGAUAUUUAUGUGCCAGCCUGUGAGAAUGUUUUAUGUUUGAUAUUUGAUGUUUGCAUAUAUAUAUAUAUAUAUAUCAUCAAUCAAGAGAAAUUGAUUUUGUA